AUUCUGUGAGAAAUCAUGGGUUAUUAACUUGAGAGCUCCACUGAGCUACUAUCAGCCAAGAGAGAGAGAUAUUACGGUAUAAGUUAGAAACCGAUUCAGCCAAAGCAAUCACAAAACCUUCUCUUGUUAUUAGAUUCAAUACCUCACUCUCUUUCUCACCGGUUUCAAUGGCGGAUUCUCUUACAAUUACUGGUGGAUCACAUUUUAAGUUGGGCGAACCUAUGACAACGAAGAAUAAGUCACUGGGACACUCAUCAAGACUCAGGUUCCAACGGAAAUCAACUCACUUGGGAAUCAGUCGAAAUUUAUCUGUUCGUGCAGAGUAUGAUGAUGGAAGUAGAGGUGGCGGAAGUGGUGAUUUUGUUGCUGGGUUCGUUCUUGGAGGUGCUGUCUUUGGAACUCUAGCAUAUCUCUUUGCUCCACAGAUAAGGAGAUCCCUUCUUAACGAGGACGAAUAUGGAUUUCGCAGAGCGAAACGCCCGAUAUACUACGACGACGGUUUAGAGACCAGAGAGACGCUCAACGCAAAGAUAAGCCAAUUGAACUCUGCCAUCGAUAAUGUAUCAUCACGGUUGAGAGGCGGAAAGAACAAAGAGGUGACAGAGCCCAUUGAAACCGACUCGGAAAUAGAAGCUACAAUUUAAUCAUUAACUGUUGUUUUUUGUGCCUGGGAUACCAAAGUUAUCUUCACCUUUAACUGUGUAAAGGAUUCAAACAUUUUAUUCAGUUAGAAGAUUUGUCUUUUCUGAUGCAAAACACGCCCUUGCUUGAUGCUGGUUUUAAACCCUUCUAGUUGAUGUCUGAAUUUGCUUGCUAUGGAAUUUACCCAGUCCAGUCCCCCA